AUGUCAGCGCCAGCAGUACUUCGGAUAGGUGCGAGGAGGUUCGCGACCUCGACGGCACGCCGCGCAGUCGCCGCAGCGAACCCGCCGAGUCCGUAUACACUCGGCGUCUCAAAAGCCCAGGGCGUCGCAAAGGGCCUGGUUGGCGCAAUCGGCAACACCCCCCUGAUCCGCCUCAACAAGAUCUCGGAGCAGACGCAGUGCGAGGUGCUCGGCAAGGCCGAGUUCAUGAACCCCGGGGGCUCCAUCAAGGACCGCGCGGCGCUCUACGUGGUGCUGGACGCCGAGGAGAGGGGCCAGCUGCGGCCGGGCGGGACCGUGGUCGAGGGCACGGCGGGCAACACGGGCAUCGGGCUGGCGCACGUGUGCCGCUCCAAGGGCUACCGCCUCGUCAUCUACAUGCCCAACACCCAGUCCCAGGGCAAGAUCGACCUGCUGAGGCUGCUCGGCGCCGAGGUCUACCCGGUGCCCGCCGUCGCCUUCGACAACCCGGACAACUACAACCACCAGGCGCGCCGGCACGCCGAGAGGCUCGUCCGCGAGCAGGGCGACGGCGCCGCCGUCUGGACCAACCAGUUCGACAACACGGCCAACCGCCGCGCGCACGUCGAGACGACGGGCCCGGAGAUCUGGGCCCAGACCCGGGGCGAGGUGGACGCGUUCACGUGCGCGACGGGGACGGCGGGGACGCUGGCGGGGACGACGCGGUUCCUCAAGGACGCGAGCGGGGGGCGGGUGAAGAGCUUCCUGGCGGACCCGCCGGGGUCGGUGCUGCACUCGUACAUCCAGUCCGGGGGCAAGCUGCAGGAGCGCUCGGGGGGCUCCAUCACCGAGGGCAUCGGGCAGGGCCGCAUCACGGACAACCUGGCGCCGGACCUGGGGGACCUCGACGGCAGCCUGCACAUCAGCGACGAGAAGAGCAUCGAGAUGGUGUACCGGUGCCUGGACGAGGAGGGCCUGUACCUCGGCGCCAGCAGCGCGCUCAACGUCGUCGCGGCCAAGGAGGUUGCCGAGAAGCUGGGCCCCGGGCACACCGUGGUCACUAUGCUCUGCGACGGCGCAUACAGGUAUGCCGAUCGUCUCUUCAGCCGGAAAUGGCUGGAGAGCAAGAAGUUGCUGGACGCCGUGCCGGAGAGCUUGAGGAGGUAUAUCGUCUUGCCGUAG